AUGAUACUGCGACGUUCAGGCGCUUCAAAGGUGUAUCGCGCCGCUUACCACGGCCAACUGAGGCUUCUGGCAACAACUUCUACCUUAAGAUCCAAGCUUGACAUCAGAAAAGUGUUCGAUAACCAACGGUACUGGCGAGAGAUAAAUGAUGAAAGCUACCGUGCAGCCGACCACAACAACAGUAUCCUUGGGAGAAUCAAAAAUGCGACCAAAGUCGCAGAUAAGCUAGAAACAGGCCUUUUCCAAAAUCCGUACCUUACAUCGAGUCAGGGUCUGCGAAAGUUUAGCCUUAGGACUUUGGAAGAGGCACAGCAACUGGUGGAUACCAUGCGUUCCGAUCGCUCCACUCACGGCUAUUUGACAUACAUUCAAAGGCUCGACAGACUUAGCGAUAUGCUGUGCCGAGUAAUCGAUCUGUGCGAGUUCGUACGGGCUUCGCAUCCAGAUCCGCAUUUUGUUCAAGCCGCACAACUAUGCCAUGAAGAAAUGUUCGAAUUCAUGAAUGUUUUGAAUACCGAUACUUCUCUUUGCGAAAUACUCAAAUCUGUGCUAGCAGACCCGGCGUUUGUGAGCAAGCUCAGCGAUGAGGAAGUACGGGUAGGUAAGAUACUCCUGGAAGAUUUUGAAAAAUCGGGCAUCGACAUGGCUCCUGAAAUCGGGGAACAGUUUAUAAGUCUGUCACAGCAGAUCAGUCUUGUGGGACAGGAUUUCAUCAACAAUACCGACUACGCAAAAACUCAAAGCGUGUCGAUACCUUGUUCUGAUCUGGAAAAAAGCGGAAUGAGUAAAGUUCUGCUUGCUCAGCUCUCGCGUGACGCUCGCGGGCGUAGCUACAAGAUCCCAACGCAUGGCUAUACCCCUUUUGCCAUCUUGAGAAGUUGCCCGGAUGAGAACAUCAGGAUGAAAGUGUGGACCGCAAUGCAUAGCUGUCCGGAUCAUCAGAUUGUAAGAUUGAAGCAGAUGGUGAAGCUGAGAGGAUACUUGGCUCAUAUCAUGGGCAAAGAAAGUUACGCACAGUACCAGUUAGAGGGCAAAAUGGCGAAAUCACCAGUAUACGUUCGUGGUUUCGUACAAUCUUUAAUGGAUACUACUAAGCCAUUGGCUGUUCAGGAGUUAAGGGUGCUAGCAGAUUUGAAAAGUGAACAUAUCGGUGUCAAAAAGCCGAGUACGGACUCUGAAGUUUUGGAUUUAGUGCGUCCCUGGGACCGCGACUUCUAUAGCGCUGUGAAUGCCCUUCAACAACAGCGGAAAACGCUGGAAAACGAACAGAUCAAGUCAUAUUUUUCUUUGGGAACGGUCGUUCAAGGUCUAUCAAAUCUUUUCCAAAGCAUCUAUGGCAUACGCUUAGAGCCAGUAGUUGCUAGUCCCGGAGAAACAUGGUCACCGGAAGUUCGUCGGAUAAAUGUGGUCAGCGAUACCGAAGGUAUCAUUGGUGUUGUGUAUUGCGAUCUUUUCGAGCGCCAAGGCAAAACGACAAACCCUGCACAUUUCACGGUGUGCUGUUCACGCCAAAUUUAUUCAGAAGAAACAGAUCUCUCUACAAUUCAAAUUGGGCAGCUAAAGUCAACAGGUGAGAGGUUCCAGCUACCAGUGAUCUCACUCGUGUGUAGUUUUGCUCAAGGGACGGAAUCCGACGAAAGCGCAUGUCUGCUACAGUUUAGCGACGUGGAGACAUUAUUCCAUGAAAUGGGGCACGCCAUGCAUUCGAUGCUUGGGAGAACAUCGUUACAAAACAUCAGUGGAACUCGUUGUGCGACCGAUUUUGUGGAGCUUCCUAGCAUUUUGAUGGAGCAUUUUGCUCGCGACCCUCGCGUCCUAUCCAGUAUUGGCAAACACUACAUUAGCAAUAAGCCUGUGCCACUUGAGCUGCUGAAGCUGAAUCAAAACGAAUCAAACUAUCUGCAGCACACUGAAACGUACUCCCAAGCCAAAAUGGCUAUGUUGGACCAGGGCAUUCAUUCUUCAGCCAUGCUGACAGACCAGCCUGUAGACGUCGUGCAGAUGUACCAUAACUUGGAAAAAAAGCUCGAAGUUCUGAGCGAUGACAAGAGCAACUGGUGUGGGCGAUUUGGACAUCUAUUUGGCUACGGCGCCACUUACUACAGCUACUUAUUUGAUAGAGCUAUUGCUAGCAAGGUGUGGAGUCACUUGUUUGCCCAUGAUCCUUUUAGUAGACAAAAUGGCGAUAAAUUCAAGAACGCUGUGCUCAAAUGGGGUGGAUCGAAAGAUCCGUGGGAAUGCAUUGCAGACGCAUUGGAUAAUCAAGAGCUAUGCAAGGGAGAUGAGAAUGCCAUGAAGUUUAUUGGUCAAACAGAGGAUAUUUUGUGA